UUGGUGGUAAUUGCUGAAAUUACCAUCUUGCAAAACUUUUUUUGUUGUAAAAAUAUAUAUACAAAUACACAAGAAAAGUAAUAGGCUUUAGUUUUUCAUAACAUAGUGUAAAACAAAGUACACUUUUAGUUAGCUUUAAAGUUAGUUUUCAGUGUUAAAAGCAAUUAAUUUCAAGCUCUAGCUCUAGUUUUCUUACACUAGGCGUGACGACGAAAAAAAUCGACAUAAAAAAAAAACAAAUUUCUCUCGAAAUCCGCAUAAAAGUUUACACGCGACCGCAUCUAGUACGACCAUAAUACGACAAAUAUUUUGUACAACGUUUCAAAGUAGCUCCAAAUUAUUUAAAGUCAACAACUAACACAAAAAUAAAGGGCGGACUUGAAAGCUGCGGACAAAGGAAAGCUAGUAAACAGCAAAGCAAAAUAAACAGCCAUCCACAAUUAUACGCGCACACAUACAGACGCGAAUUCACCCACACAAUACCACAGCUAACACUCACGCACGCACACAUACUCUCACACCCACACAUAUACACGCACACAUACGCAGAGACGGAAGUGUUUGGAGUAACAACCAUGUACGCAGGCGCAUAUGCACCAAACGCUGGCGGCGUUCAGCAGCAGCACACGGGCGGCUAUUAUGGCAACGGAGGCGGCGGCGCAGCUGCUGGCGGCGGCAAUGGACCGCGCCACGAUCGUCCCUUCUAUCCGCGCAAUAACUUUGCCACAGCCGCUGGCAAUGCUGCGGCUCUGAAUGGUGCCGGCGGCGGUGCCGCUGCUGGCGGCAUGCACUUUGGCCAGCCCUACGGCGUGAUGACCUAUGGCAUCCAAAAUGGCAUUAGCAUGGGCGCCGGCGGCAAUCCGUAUCGCACCAGCGCCGCCGGCGGCGGCAAUGCCAUGCAGAAUGGCGCAUUCGCUAGCGCCAAUGGCAUCGCCUUCCAAGGUCCGCCGCGCACCAAGAAUCCAAGCUAUACGCAACGCUAUCAGAAGCCCCACAAUGGCCUGGGCAAUGGCGGCGGCUAUCAUGGCGGCGGCAGUGCCAAUUACAAUGCAGCCGCAUUGGGCAUGCUGUCGAAGGAGGAGCGCGCCGAAUUGCAACGCGAGAAGGCCAAGAAUCCGGGCCGCAAUCUGGAGAAGCCGCAAUGGGAGAAUUUGGCACCAUUUCAAAAGGACUUCUAUAUCAUGCAUCCUAAUACGAUGAAUCGCAGCGAGCAGGCGGUGGCCGAGAUGCGCCAUGAGCUGGAGAUAACCGUGUCGGGCAACGAGCUACCCCAUCCGGUGGCCAAUUUCGAGGAGAGCUCCCUUCCGCCGCACAUUAUUGAUGAAAUGAAGCGUCAAGGCUUCACAAAGCCAACGGCCAUCCAGGCCCAGGGCUGGCCCAUUGCCUUAAGUGGACGCGAUUUGGUUGGCAUUGCCCAAACCGGAUCCGGCAAAACGUUAGCCUACAUGCUGCCUGCCAUUGUGCACAUCAGCAACCAGCCGCCGUUGAUGCGAGGCGAGGGACCCAUUGCCUUGGUCUUGGCUCCCACACGUGAGCUGGCCCAGCAAAUUCAGUCGGUUGUGCGGGACUAUGGGCAUUUGUGCAAGCCCGAAAUUCGUCACACAUGCAUUUUCGGUGGCUCCUCCAAGGUGCCGCAGGCGCGUGACUUGGAGCGCGGCGUUGAGGUCAUCAUUGCGACGCCCGGACGUCUAAUUGAUUUCCUCGAGAAUCGCAAUACCAAUUUGCAGCGUUGCACAUAUCUGGUCCUGGAUGAGGCCGAUCGUAUGCUCGACAUGGGCUUCGAGCCCCAAAUACGCAAGAUCAUUGAACAGAUACGUCCGGAUCGUCAGGUUGUGAUGUGGUCGGCCACUUGGCCAAAGGAGGUGCAGGCCUUGGCCGGUGAUUUUCUCAAUGAUUACAUUCAAAUCAAUAUCGGCUCCAUGAAUCUGUCAGCCAAUCACAAUAUACGUCAGAUUGUCGAGAUUUGCAAUGAGAACGAGAAGCCGCAGCUCCUGGUUAGACUGCUCAAGGAGAUCACGUCGCCAUCCAAUAAUGGUGGAUCCAACAAAAUUAUCAUAUUUGUGGAAACUAAAAUCAAGGUGGAGGACAUAUUGCAGAUAAUUCGCAACGAGGGCUACGUAGCCACAUCGAUACAUGGAGACAAGUCGCAGAGUGAACGCGAUUCUGUGCUGAAGGAUUUCCGUAAUGGCAAGUCGAAUAUACUGAUUGCUACUGAUGUGGCAUCACGUGGCCUGGACGUUGAGGAUUUGCAGUAUGUGAUCAAUUAUGAUUAUCCCAAUUCGUCGGAGAAUUAUGUGCAUCGCAUUGGACGCACCGGACGGUGCCAGCAGCUGGGCACGGCGUACACAUUCUUUACGCCGGACAAUGCCAAGCAGGCCCGUGAGCUGAUCUCGGUGUUGGAGGAGGCCGGACAGACGCCCUCCCAGGAGCUGCUCGACUUGGCACGCGCCAUGCCCAACUCGGCCAACUAUCGCGGCAACAAGCGCUGGAACAGCAACGGCAACGGCGGCGGCGGCAGCAACACGGCCAAUGUCUAUCAGCAGCGCAGCAAUCCGCUCAACUAUCAGGCGGGCAACAACGGCGGCGGCGGCACCAACAAUGGCUACGCCAAUCGCACCGGCUAUCAGCCGCAAUAUGCCGCUGGCGGCAACAGUUAUCAGCCCAAUGGCAUCGCCGGCAAUGUUGGCAAUUGGAAUCGUGGAGGCGUUGGCACUGCCCUCAAUCAGCAGCCGGGUCUCGAUGGUGCCAAUCGCAACGGCAACGCCACAUAUCGUCCGCGCGCCCCCUUCAACAAUGGCGGACCGCGUGCCAUUAUGGGGCACAAUGGGGCUGGCGGAGCUGCCGGCGGAGCUGGUGGAGCGCACGUGAAUGCCGGCCAGCCGCAUUUGGGCCAGCAGGGCGGCGCAUUUAUGCAGCCCAAUUAUCGUAGCCGUGGACAAUUCGUGCCGCCAAAUGCAGCGGCCACUGGCACUGGAAUGCCGCGCUUCCAGCAGUACCCGAAACGUGACUACCAACAGCAGCAGCAGCAACAGCAGCCGCAACACUACCAACAGCAACAGCAGCAGGCCCAACAGCAACAGCAGCAGCAGCAGCAACAACAGAAGCCAAAACAACAUCCUGGCGCCGAUGACAAGACAUUCAAGGAGUAUGCACCCGCUGGUGUCACCACACCGAUGGUGCACUAUACGCCGGCCAAUUCACCACCAAUAGCCGCUGUGGCGGCUGCUGCGGCGGCCGCUGUUGCCAGUGGAGCUGGACGUGCACAGGUGGCGGCCGCACCGGGCGCCUACAUGUACGAUGCGUCCGGCGUGCUGACAACAGCCGCUGCGCCGGGCACCAAUCCCUAUGCCAGCCAGUUCAAUAUGCCGGCCACCUACUAUACGACACAGCAUCAUCAGUUUGCACCAGCCGUGGCUGGGCCUGGACCGGGCGCUGCCAUUGAGCAGGCUGGCCAGCAUUAAGGUGGUUCGCCCAUAAAUCCUGUCUUUUUCCAGAGUCCAAAAACUGCAAUACCCAAAUGUAAGAGAUGUAACCAAGCAAACAACGGCAAGAACUAGCAGAAGAGGUGGCAGAACCAGAAAGGAAGAGGAAGAAUUAACAACAGCAACAACAACAUACAACUACAGACAUACAGACACACACAAACACACACUGACAUACAGACUUAUACACACACACUUAUAUACGCGAUUUAAUAAAAAGUCAUAAUUAAGAAUGGACUCGAAACUUCGAGUCGUUCGAAUCACGUAUACAAAUUCGAUAUGCCUAUUUAUAUAUAUAUAACAUAUAUAUAUAUAUGUAUGAAACUCACUUUAAUUUUAUAAAGAGCAUGCAUAUGCAAUCUAGAGGAUAUGUCUAUUUGCUUGUGUCUGCUCAAAAAACAAAGAUAUAUAUGCGUACAUCAAAAUCGUACGAUUUAAUCGAUUCUAUGUUACAGCACUGCUGUUAACAGUCGAAGCGCUGUUAACUAACAGUGUAAAAGGCAACGGCCAGAACGUUGCUAAUGGACAGGGCAAGCAACUUUAAAAAUAAUAUUAACAAUAACAACAACAACAACAAGAACAACGCGGACUCAAAUGGCAACAAUUGACGAAUGAAACAUACGACAGAAUAUGAAUAGAAAA